AUGCAAGCUGCUGCCUGCUGCCUGACUGCCCACGGGCUCCGGGUGCCAGUGCCCAGUGCCUGCCCAGCCCCGGGGCUGGAGCAAGGGGCAAGAGCCCUUCCUCUCUGGAGGCCGUGGCUGCCCCGAGCCCAGGAGGGACCCGCGCCGCGGCGGGAGGAGACGGACGCUGCUCGGGCAGCGGAGGGGCACGGCGGUCCCGGCAAAGCGCUGGCGUUCUUCCAGCACCCGGUCAGGCUCCUCUGGCCCAAGUCCAAGGCCUUUGACCACCUGUACAGCGUGGGGGAGAAGCUGCUGGAGAACUUCCCGGUGCAGGCCACCCUCUGCUUUUAUGAGGAUUCGGGCAGCGAGGAGGAGGAGGAUGAUGAGGAUGAGGAGGAGGAAGAAGCCGGCGUGAGACAACAGGCAGGGGAAGGCACACAGCGCUGCGUGCGGCAGCGGGGCCAGACCCGCCCGGAGCCCCGGCCAACCCCCGGGGCCACCCCCGGGCUGCGCCCGCGCUCCGCGGAAACACGGCGGGGCUCAGGACUACGGCUCCCAGCGGCCACCGCGGCACCGCCCGGCAGCCGCAACGCGCUCUGA